AAUUGAUCCACUUUAUAGUGUUGAUGGCUUCGGCCGCCUUCCAACAUUCUUGCAUCGCCACUGCUGAAAUCUUACCCUUCGUUGAGCCACGAGGAGCCCCAAAUGCCCCUGAUGGCUACGCUCCAGGUCAGGUCUCAUGCCCAGAAACACGACCUGCUAUCCGCCAGGCAACCAACCUAUCAAACGACGAAACAACAUGGCUGGAACAACGCGAUAAGAACACCAUCUCAGCGCUAAAAAACAUUCUCAAACGAUUGAAUAUCGGCAACAUAGACACAAACUCGUACCUGGACGGUAUUGUAAGUGAUGGCGACGCCCUGCCACGAAUUGGCAUUGCCAUCUCAGGCGGGGGUUACAGAGCAAUGAUGAAUGGUGCGGGUGCCAUCGCCGCAUUUGACAAUCGAACCACCAAUUCCAGCGGCAAAGGCCAUUUAGGCGGUAUUCUUCAAGCUGCAACAUACCUCAGUGGUUUAGCUGGAGGUAGCUGGGUAGUAGGAAGCCUGUAUACGCAAAACUUUACAUCGGUUCAGUCUAUCAUCUCUGCAAAGAGUGGAUUUCUAUCAACACUUUGGCAGUUCGAUGACUCGAUCCUUGAAGGGCCAGCAGAUUUAUCACGAUCACGAUAUUAUCGUGAGUUAUACCAGGAUGUGAAUGACAAGGUUGAUGCGGGAUUUAAUAAAAGUAUUACCGAUUAUUGGGGAAGAGCUUUGUCGUAUCAGCUCGUCAAUGCUAGUGAUGGAGGACCAGCAUAUACAUUCUCAUCAAUUGCAAACGAUACCAACUUCGCUGACGCACAAACGCCAAUGCCCAUCAUUGUUGCUAUCGAACGAACAACAGGCCAAGUUCAAAUCGCCACCAACUCCACCAUCGUCGAGUUCAAUCCAUGGGAAAUGGGCUCUUACGAUCCUGGCCUUUCUGCAUUUGCACCUCUGAAGUAUGUGGGCUCUUCUUUCGAUAACGGUACUCUCAAACGAGGCAGCCAUUGUAUCGCUGGCGUCGAUAAUGUCGGAUUCGUAAUGGGCACAUCGGCAUCACUGUUCAAUCAGGCUUUUCUCCAAAUUGACAAAGCCAAAAACGUUCCGGACUUUUUGCUCAAGGCCAUUAAUAACACGUUGGCGGAUAUUGGCGAAGAGAAUACUUGGGUAGGGCCUAGAGACCGGCCCCCCUUAGCUUGUGGUAUCACUCCGCAAGCUCCGUGCCCAAGCACGGGGGGUGCACUGACAGGGAAAAGGGUCUGCUGA